AUGCUUGAUCGUCCUACAUCGGCCGGCAUGACUCAUCGGUGGACAGUAUUCGUACAUUCUUUUAGUGGAAUACCAUUUACAGAUCGCAGUUUCAUUUCAAAGGUCGUAUUCGAAUUGCAUCCCGAUUUCUCCACUCCACGACGGGUAGUUAAAGAACCUCCUUUUGAAGUUAGUGAAUUGGGUUAUGCAGGAUUUUCCAUUCCAAUCCAUAUCACUUUUACGGGUGCGAGCAAAGUGUACAAGUUGACAUACGACAUGAAUCUUGUAUUAGAAAAACACAAUGAACAGUUUAUGACGCAGACCAUUGAAAUGAAGCAACCUUCAUCAGCGUUUCGAGAACUGAUUUUAAAAUAUGGUGGUGCUAAAAAGGAUUCUGAUAAGAAGAAGGAAAAACAUCGAUUAAAAAAAAGAACGAUAUUUUCAUCGCAAGAAUGUGUAUCAAAAAAGGAAAAGAAAAGUCGUGCUGGAAGUAAUCCUCCUUUGCGUAAGCUGAAAAUUGCACGAUCGCGGGUUUCGGAAAAUGAUGAACAAAAAAAAUUGGAAUCUGCUUCAUCGGAAAAUCUCUCAGCUAUUUCGAAAACAGCAGCUGCAGUAGAAGUUAAAAUAUCCAGUAUGGAGAUGAAGGAAAGCUCCUCGUCAGAAAUAAAGCCACUACAGACAAUUAGCUCAGAGCCAUGUACAUCAGUAGAAUCAAAUAGUUCUGAUUCAGAAGCUUCAAAAAGUUCAGCUUUCAGUGUGGGAGUUGUCAGUUCUUUAACACCAACGAUCGAUGAAAGCGAAAAUAUGAUCGAAAAGCAGUUCAAUUUUGAAUUUCUGGUCCGAUUGCAGAAGAAACUGAUGACAUUAGAAGACCCAGUAAAGAUAUCAGCUGUUGUUGAUGCAUUGUUGACACCUUCUUUGUCAAGCCCUUGUCCACCAUUGGGUUUGCUUUUGACGGACAAUAAUCUUCUUUCAUUCGAUAUUUGUAAGUUAAGUUCAUCACUCAUUGGUAAAUUAGAUGAAAUUUGUUUUGGAAGUACUUCUGAAGAUUAUGUGUAA